CAUCUUCGGCACUUUCCGUCAUUAUUCGAUCAUGUCCGAGUGGUAUCAACGAUUGUAGUAAAGUGUAUGGUAUUUACAGUCUUUCGCCUUUAAAUAAUACACAUAAGAAUUCGCAAUAUACGGACAAAACAGAAGAGGAAGUUGACAGCGCAAACCGAGACACUAUGGAACGCAAGUAUCGUCAGAAAUAUUUGGAUAACCUGGCGAAGGGUGUAGAGGGAAUGUGGUUAAAGCAGCAAAACACGGACGUGACGGUGAAGGCGGGAAACAAAACGUACAGGUGUCAUCGCGUGAUACUGGGCUCCCUGUCCAACUAUUUCAAAGAAUUAUUCUUACAUAAGCAAGAGGAAACAGUAGAUGUUUUGAAUAUUGAAAGUCAAACAUUUGAAACGGUGUUACUGUACAUAUACACGGGUAAAACAGAAGAUGUGGAAAUAAAUACUGAAAAGGUACUCUCUGCCGCUGUUCAGCUCCAAAUUCCAUGUUUACAAGAUAUCUGUGAAGAUUUCCUAGUGCUGAGACUUACCUCUGAAACUUGCGUGGGCAUAUAUAAACUAGCAUCGGACCUUGGGUGUGCGUCUCUUGUUAAACAAAGUUUGGUAUAUAUUUUAGAACACUUUGAAAGCGUUACGAAGUGCAAAACCUUCAUGAAUCUGAGCGUUGACGAAUUGAUCGCAAUUAUAAAUGUUGAUGAUCUUAAUGCAUCCUCGGAAGAAGUCGUGUGUGAUGCUGUACUGGGAUGGAUUGCUGAAGAUCCUAAACAAAGAAGUAUACACUUAGAAAAACUCUUCAAUUUUGUACGAUAUCCUCUCCUUAGCGAAGAGUACCUAGAAAAACUGAAAAGGCAUGUACUGUUAUCUAAUUCUGAAUCAGGUCUGAAAAUAUUAAACAAAAUCACAAACUUUAGGAACACAGGACAUUUGGAAAUAACAGUGAAUCCGAGGCAGUUCCAAUAUCGUACUGAGGAGCUAAUUUGUGUCGUUGGAACAAGAAGUAGACAACCAAACCCAGAAAGUACUGAGAUAAAGUGUUUCAGUUUCAACAAGGAAAAGGAGUAUAGCCUUGCUUCAAUACCGGAAGAGCCCGGCGCGCGCUUUGCCGUCUGCUCAAGUGACAACGAUGUUUAUCUCUCUGGAGGGUAUUUAGGACAGAAACGUAUGCUACGCUAUUCGGCGACUGAUAAUGAGUGGGAAAUAUGUGCCGAUAUGAGUGAAGGACGUUGGGGGCAUUGCAUGACAGCCAUUGACGGUCACAUCUACAUUGUUGGCGGUAGUAAGAAAGUCCCAGCACCAAUUUCCGAGAUCGAAAUGUACAACACAAGAACAAACGUAACGACUGUUGUUGGCUCACUUGCAAUACCCGUGUCUUUUGCGGCCGUUGCAACCUUGGGGAAAAAUGUGUACAUAUUUGGAGGAAAAUCGGAAAAGAAAAGUAGUUGUGGAAAAGUACAGUGCUUCGACACGGAUACAAAUUCUUGCAAAGUCGUGUGUGACAUGCCAGAAUUUGAGACAACAGUGAGCAGAACAGCUGUUGUUGACAACACCAUCUAUAUCUUCUACGGCCACGGCGAGGUCGUUACAUUUAAAGACGACGCACUGGAAGUUUCGCCAACCGGCAUUGCGUUCGAUCAUUUUGGAGUGGUUGUACAUGGCGGGCGUAUCUUAAUCGAUGGUUGCUAUGGUAACCAAUAUUCUACCAUGAUGUUUGACCCGGCUACAAAAACGAUUGAACAGUACUCUCGACCAGUCAAAGCUGCUUUGUGUAAUUUCUACUGCAUGCCUAUUGUAAUUAACAGAAAUAUACUACAACAUACAAUGAUUUAAAACAUGACUUUUUUCCCUGUAACUUUCAUACUAUGAUUUAAUGAUGUCAUUUUCCGGAAACUUUAUGAGCAUGUAAUAAUGACAAUUGUGAUGCUUCACUGA